AAUAUGUAUUUUUCAGCAAUAUAAACAUUAUUUUAAAUUUAUGGCGUGAUCCAUCAGAUAUUUAAUACUCUUUAACAUUAUAAUAUGAAGCAUCAAUGUGAGAUAGAACUUAAUAAUAAAGAAAAGAUGAGUUUUUUAAACAGAAACACUCUUCAAAAAUCUAAAACAAUCCACAAGACUCGCAUGAGUGUCUUUUAUUUUCUAGAAAAACCUCAAACAAUAUUUGCUCUGCUUUAUCAUAAAGUCAUGUUUGUUUUGGUUUUAGUUAGUCUUUCACUUAGCAUCCUAAUCACAAUUGAAUCAUUUGCUCGCAACACCAAAAUUCACUCUGCAAUUUAUUAUAUUGAAGUUUCUUUGGCAAUAGUAUUUACAGCAGAAUACAGUUUACGGGUUUGGUCAUGUUCAAUACAAUCUAAGUAUGCAGGAGUUAGUGGCAGGUUGCGUUUUAUCAAAAGACCUUAUGUUAUACUAGAUAUGAUUGUUAUAUUGGCAACAAUUUUUAUCAUUUAUUCACAUAAAAUAAUUCGUGAUGAUCUUCACACAACUCUUUUUCAAUUUCUUAAUUUUUUGCAAAUACUUCGGAUCCUAAGAUUAGACCGGCAACAGGGCGCUUUCAAAAUAAUGAGUUUGGUAGUAUAUGAACAUAGACAGGAGUUGAUGACUUGUUGGUACUUGAGUUUUAUUUUACUUGCAGCGUGUUCAUUUUUGGUUUAUAUUGCCGAAAAAAAUGACUCCAUAGUUUCAUCAAACAAAAUAAAAAAUCUUGGGGAAGGAAUUUAUUUUGGAAUGAUAACUUUGUUGACAAUUGGUUAUGGAGAUUUCAGUCCUAAUAGCUGGAUUGCAAAGAUUAUUGUUGUUGUGUUUGCUUUUAUUGGUACAGCGUUCUUUGCUCUGCCAGCGGGUAUUUUGGGUUCAGGUUUUGCAUUAAAAGUUGCCCAAAAUCAAAAGAAAAAGCAUUUCAAUCGAAGACGUGUUCCUGCAGCUUUGAUUAUUCAAUACGUUUGGAGGAAUUACUCAACUCAAGUUAAUCCAUCAAGCAACACAUGGACAAACUACAGAAUGAUUAUUAAGGAAAAACAUCAAACAUUAUCAAUGAAUAAUACACCAAUUUUGAGUAAACAAAAUAAUUCAAACAAAAAUGUAGUUGGUUUACAUAAAAAAAAUCAGGUUGAUCGAAAACCUUUUAAAGAAACAACGUGUGCUACUAUUCCUUCUGCUGUUAAUUUUAGGAAUAGACCAAAUUCAGAUGGUAAUCUGAUUGUAAUGUUUCCAACUAAUAUUGAAGAACAUCAAGGAACUAUUGUUAGCCUUCCUGCCUCAACUGAUGUUGACUUAAAAGAGUUUUUAAAGUCGAGGAUAAAUGUAGAGAAUCAACGGUCUUGCACUCGUCAAUUAAAUCGCAUUGAAAAAAUUGCUGUACGCUUUCUUAUAAAGAUUAAAAUAAAAGUGGCAUUAAGAAAGUUUAAGGUUGUAUGCCGACCGUAUGACAUCAAAGAUGUUAUAGAGCAAUAUACUUCAGGUCAGAUUGAAAUGUUUGGGUUUAUUAGAAAGUUUCAGUCCAGAAUUGAAAAUGCACUUGGAAUUCAAGACGGCAGGCUAAUGAUACCAUCACUUGAUGUUCGCAUGGAUAUUUUUGAAAAAAAGAUUGACACAUUGAGUGUUAAAUUGGAUAAUGUUAUGGAAUUAUUAAAUUCAAAUAGCCAGUUAACUUAAGUAAAACCAUUAGAAAAAAAAUCCUCAAAACCGCUCGACAAAAAAAAGACGUCUAUUGCGAUGACAAAUGAUUCAGCAUCUUGAAAAGCAUUAACCUAUCUCGUCUCUAGCUGCUCGGUAAUCAGCAGUCAUAUCAUGCAAGAAUAUUUAUAUUUUUAGAGCCAAUUUGAACAAGAAAAUAAUCCAAGAUUUAUUAUCGCGUUUAGUUGACUAAUUGGUGUUUAUUAAAGCGUCAUUCUUUUGUUAUUGAUUACUAUGUCUUAUAAGGCUUUUAAAUUUCGUAAAAUUAUAAUGAUCAUGGUGUAAGAAACAACAAGAACUUUUUUGUUUUUUUGUAUUUUUACAUUUUGUAUUUAUGCUAUACUAAUGAUUAACUUUAAAAAACUUAACAUGAAUAAUUAGGAUAACUUGCACUUAAUUAAAGCCUUUUUUAUAUUUAGCAAAUUAACAUCAUAAAAAAAUAUUUUUCAUUAUUAUUGCAGAGGUUCUGAUUUUAUCACUUGAUUUUUCAUGUUUUUCUUACAAUUUAUGUCAUGCCUGAUAUAUAAAAAAAAAUAUUUUUUAGAAAAUGUAGAUAGUUUUGAUAAGUUUAUAUAUUUUUUAUGACUAUUUAUUACUUGAUUGAUAUUUAUACAUUUCUUAUAUUUACAUAGUUUUACAUUACAUAUUUGAAUAGUGAUUACUAUAGCUUUUUUUGUAAAACCCUAGAAGUUUCACUGUAAUAGAUUAUUAUAAAUUA